AUGGAAAGGCGUGCUAAAAAACUUAUAGCCGACCCGAGUCUGCUCAGCGGCAAACUCUACACUCUGGAGCACAGACGCAAAAUUGCUUGCCUUUCAGUCUUCUACCGGCUUCACUUCGGUGAAUGUGGGACUGAAUUACACCACCUUAUACCACCUUCUCCUUUCCAAUACAGGACGUCGCGACGAAAUACUGGUUUCCACCCCUUCGUGGUCGAGAUACCCCAUGUGCGCACCAAGCGCUUCGAAAACAGUUUUUUAAUAAAAACCGCGAAGAUGUGGAACUCCCUACCGCCAUCCGUGUUUCCCGAUAGAUACAAUUUGGAUCUAUUCAAGGCCAAAGUGAAUGGGCUUUACCUUACUGAUCAGGCAUGCUAA